GAUGUUUGGCUCUUGGCUAUUGGCUCGUUGGGGAGUGUGAGCUUUGUAUUUCAGUGGACUUGCCUUUAUCCUGGGAGUGAGAAACGACUUUUGCCCAUUGUGGAUCUCUCCUGUUAACUGCAGCAGAGAAGCUUGCCAGCAAUUCUAAACUUUUUCCUUCACUCGGCAACGCCAUGGACAGCCCGGGCUUCGACAACCUGGAUGCCGUCGGUUUCCUUCAGAUUUGGCAACGCUUUGACGCUGAUGAUAAUGGCUACAUUGAAGGCAAAGAACUGGAUGAUUUUUUCCGUCACCUUAUGAAGAAACUUGGUACUGAAGACGACCUCAGUGCUGGAAAGGUCCAAAAAAUGAAAGAGCGAUUUAUGUCAGCUUAUGAUGUCACUGCUGAUGGAAGGCUGCAAAUCCAGGAGUUGGCAAAUAUGAUCCUGCCUGAAGAUGAAAACUUUCUUCUUCUGUUCCGACGUGAGACUCCAUUGGACAAUAGUGUGGAUUUCAUGCGGAUCUGGCGUAAAUAUGAUGAAGACAGCAGUGGAUAUAUUUCAGCCACUGAACUCCGAAACUUCCUGAGAGACCUAUUCCUUCAACACAAGAAAAUUAUUUCAGAUGACAAGCUGGAUGAGUAUACUGACACUAUGAUGAAAUUCUUCGAUAAAAAUAAAGAUGGCCGCCUGGACCUCAAUGACUUGGCAAGGAUUCUGUCACUGGAAGAAAAUUUCCUUCUGCAGUUCAAAAUGGAUGCCUGUCGCCUGGAGGACAGACGGAAAGAUUUUGAGAAGAUUUUUUCUCAUUAUGAUGUGAGUAAAACAGGUGCUCUGGAAGGUCCUGAAGUAGAUGGAUUUGUUAAGGAUAUGAUGGAGUUGGUGAAGCCAAGUAUUACUGGAGUUGACUUGGACAAGUUCCGUGAAAUUCUCUUGCGCCACUGUGAUGCAAACAAGGAUGGAAAAAUCCAGAAGUCAGAGCUUGCACUGUGUCUUGGACUGAAAUUAAACCAAUGAGAAAACCAUGCAGUGAAUUAUUCCACACUGUCACAGAAAUGUUGACAGCAAAGAUUACACUUAUACAAGCAGCAUUACCCAUGAUCAUAGAAGCACCAAUGUGCUACUAGCUUAAAAGGAGAAGUGGGUGUGAUAAAUUAAUUAUCCAAUGGGGCAAUUCAAAACUUGUAUUGAAAAAAAGUGUUAAUAGAUCAGGGGCUUUUGAAAUUGCAUGCGGAGAUUUGACUUUAGGCUCUAAUUUUGACACUGAUGUAAAUUGAAAGAUUACAGCUGACUAUAAUUGGAGUGUUGAUAUACAGAGAUCAAGCUCCAUCCAAACAUUUUCACAUCACAGAUGUAAGGCACUUUCUAUGCAUUUUGACAGAACAUUAAAUGAAUUCAGUUGGUACACUUGUGUAACAAACAAUAAAAGCAAAAGUGUGCACUCCCAAAAAUAAAUUUUGUGAAAUAUUAAGAAUAUUUUAAGAAAAGGUAAAGGACAUAUGCAUCAGACAGCAACAUCCAAUAGUGCCUCUCAGAACAUUAGUUAUCAUACAGUUACAAUAGCAAGUUGCACCCAGUAAUAAAUUAACUAAGAAACAUUUGACAUGCUGCCAGUGAAGUCUGCAGUUAUAUUCAGUGUCUCAGGGUACUGGUGGUAUCUGCUGAAUUUCUGCUCAUUUCAUUUGCAACUAAUCUGACUUUACCAGAACAAUUAACUGGAAUAUAAUGUACUGUUUUCACCAAAUAGUCAGGGUAAUGAUUAUCAUUUUGCAUUAAAAAUUGCUCUAUUUGUUUUAACUAUCCCAUCAUAUUACAUUAUUGCUGUGAAAUCUGUGGUAAUGGAGAACAAUAAAAGAUUAUAGUGAUUGUCAAAUGGG